CCUCAUUCUUCAGCUCACUUAACACUAUGGCUUUUGUUUCUUUGUUUACUUCCUUUGUCCUUUGUCUCUUCCUCACCGCCAACGCCACCGUAGCAACCUCACCGCCAACGGCGCAAGCCCCUCGCCCGUCUCCUUCACCACACCACCAUCACCCCCCUGCCCCGGCCCCGUCUCACCUUCCAGUGAGGAAGAUGGUGGCUGUUCAAGGCGUCGUCUAUUGCAAGUCCUGCAAGUAUAGAGGAGUCGACACUCUCACGGGAGCCACUCCUCUUGCUGGUGCUGUGGUUAAGCUGCAAUGCAACAACUCGAAGACGAGCAUGGAGGAGAAGAAGACGAGCGACAAGAACGGCUACUUCUUCUUCAUGCCGCAGAAGCUGACCACCUCUGGGUCCCACAAGUGCAAGGUCUUCCUCGUCUCCUCUCCCUCUGCGGCCUGUAACGUCCCCACCAACCUCCACGGUGGCGCCCUCGGAGCAAUCCUUCUCCGCGAGCCGGUGGAUGCCCGGUCGAAGCCGUUGCCGUUUGAGCUCUUUACGGUUGGACCCUUCGCCUUUGAUGCCGCCAAGAAACUGCCAUGUCACUACUAGUAAAUCAAGCUACCUUUCUUUAUAUUGGAUUUUCAAUUGUUUUGUCUGUGUUUAUGUUCUGUUAGUACGUCGUCGUUUCGUGCUGUAGUAUGCUGCUUGUUCUUGUAUUUGUAUAAUAGUAGUACUACUAAUUAAGCGUUCGGGAUUGUAUAAUGCCUUUAUUAAGUCGUUAAUAAAGUGUAAUUAGUUUUUACAA